AUGCGGCACUGUCGCAGAGGCUAUCAUGCACGAGAAGCCCGGGCUCUGCUUCAACUUUUUCACAAUGCGCAACGAAGCUUGGCUCUUCCUAGAGCGGCUGAAUACGGCCCUAAACGAGCGGCUCGGCAAUGCGGGGUUCUCGGAGCGCUGAGAGGUGCGGAGAUGCUGCCGUUCAUGCCAGGCGUCUGCUUCGCGGCCGCGGCGGGCCAGUCGCUCGACCGCGCGCAGAGGGCGCCGGCGAGAGACGCACUCCUGCAUGCUGCGGCCGACGUGAUGCAGACGUUUGUGGACGAGGGUCAUGGCAGACGGAUGCGCGACGUCGCAGAGAGGGACGUCAAGCCGCGCGAGGUGCAGGCCCUGAAGCAGGGACUGACCCUAUGGGCAUUGGACAAGAAGGGUCCGCUAGGCAGUGGUCAGGGCGUGGCGCGUGGAGGCGGGAGGCAGGACAUGGGAGACGUGGAUGCGGAAGAGCUGCUGCAGAUGAUUGGAUCGGAUCUACAAAAGAAUCCUCACUGGAGCUCGGCGGAGGGAAUGCAGGAACUGCAGAGGAUGGUACAGACGAUUCAAUCAAACCCAGAAGCAGAUCUGUCCUUUCCAAUGGGGCGACGUUGA